GGGCGGCUCGCCCUCACCUCUCCUCCACCUUCCGCUGCCGCGGGCGCCUUCGCUCCAAGAUGGCGCUGCCGUUCCGCAUUCGGAUAGCAGACAAACAACGGAGGCGUGCAAAACAAAGUUCACAAUAGAGGUUCAGAAAUUUUGAUUACGGGAAUUCAUCCAUUUCUUCAGGAAUGAUUCAGAGACUGAUACUCGUAUGCAUGGCACUUCCCUUUGCGUGCAGAAUGGAUGCCGAAGGCACAUCCGCAGGAGAAAUAUCAGAGUGCGAACGAGUGAUGAAGGCAAUUUACAACUGCUCAGAGAAGUACGAGUACUACCUACCGGAAGAGUUCUUCAAAAGGGUCGAAAGCCAUCAGUUCGUCCAGGAAGCUUCGAGAUGCAUCGAUGACAGCACCCCCAUCAGAGAGGCACUUCGUGGGUGCGAUAGUGAGGUUGCGAUGACGAUCGCGGCGCAUUGCAUUAGGGCUCGUAUGUUCGAGAUAGUGCCUGUAAGCUACAAGUACUCAGUACUGAGGUACCUAGAUGACCUUGUGGUGUGCAUGGCGGAGUUACUGCAAAGGCCACUAGCGUACUUGCAAAGAGCUUUUCAAAGCACUGUAUGAGCCGACGGCGACGACACCGUUCCCGAACACAUGGGCCGCGUCAAUGAAUACACUCAACUCGGGAUUGGACGCCGAUUGCGGAUUGUGACUGGACGUACCCACCGCUGACCUUACAGUGGCUUUCUAUUAAAUCCUCGACUAAUUAUCAA